GGCGGGCGGGAGGGAGAGUGAGUGAGCGAGGCAGCCCAGGACCCAGGCUCCAGUCUCCCCUGCCUCUCCAGGCCAUGGGCCCCCUGCCAGGUAAGGGCACUGGCCAAGGCCCAAUGAGGGCAGGGCAGGCCCCUUUCCUCACGGGGCCUGCUCAGAGUUCAAGGGUUCUGGAGAGAUCAUCCAGGCUUCCUUUAAACUGCUGCUGCAGCUGAGGCUAGAGUUUGGAGUUUGACCUUUGUGGAACCUUUCUCAGCAGCAGGCAAGAAGGCAGGGUCUCUGCUGUCCUCUGCUGCUCCCUGCUGCAAAGGACAGGACAUCCCAGGGGUCUCCCUUUGCACAGCCACUGCCUUCGGCCUCUGAAGUCCCCGAGACCCUAGGGCAGUAGAGCCUGCAUCCUGAAGAAGCCAGCAAGCACAUCUGUUGGAGCCUACUUCUUCAGGAUUACAGUUUAUACAGAAGACCAGCUGAAACACCCAGACUGCAGACUCACGCCCACUGGAAGCCUACCUCUUCAGGAUUGCAGUUUAUACAGAGGGCCAGCUGAAACACCUAGCCUCGUGGAACUAGACUCUUGGACUUCCCAUUUACAGCUGUCCAUUGUUGGGACUAGCGGCUCAUUCAGCACCAUGGAGAGUGCCACCAUCAGCCCUCAGCCCCCACAGUCUGACUCCCUGGAGGCCUUUCCCCAGAAGAGCAUGGAGCCUGCAGACAUCGCUGUCCUAGUUCUGUACUUCCUCUUUGUUCUGGCUGUUGGAUUAUGGUCCACAGUGAGGACCAAACGAGACACAGUGAAAGGCUACUUCCUGGCUGGAGGGGACAUGGUGUGGUGGCCAGUGGGUGCAUCCUUGUUCGCCAGCAAUGUUGGAAGUGGACACUUCAUUGGCCUCGCUGGGUCUGGUGCUGCUGUGGGCAUUUCUGUCGCUGCCUAUGAGCUUAAUGGCUUGUUUUCUGUGCUGAUGCUGGCCUGGGUCUUCCUUCCUAUCUACAUUGCUGGCCAGGUAACCACGAUGCCAGAAUAUCUAAGGCGGCGCUUUGGGGGCAACAGGAUCUCCAUCACCCUGGCUGUGCUCUACCUGUUCAUCUACAUCUUCACCAAGAUCUCGGUCGACAUGUAUGCAGGGGCCAUCUUCAUUCAGCAGUCCUUGCAUCUGGAUCUGUACCUGGCCAUAGUAGGGCUGCUGGCAAUCACAGCUCUGUACACUGUUGCAGGAGGUCUGGCCGCUGUGAUCUAUACAGAUGCUCUGCAGACUGUUAUCAUGCUUAUAGGAGCCUUCAUCCUCAUGGGCUACAGUUUUGCAGCUGUUGGUGGAAUGGAAGGCCUGAAGGACCAGUACUUCUUAGCCCUGGCUAGUAACCGGAGUGAGAACAGCAGCUGUGGGCUACCCCGAGAAGAUGCCUUCCACAUCUUCCGAGAUCCAUUGACAUCUGAUCUCCCCUGGCCUGGGAUCCUGUUUGGCAUGUCCAUCCCAUCUCUCUGGUAUUGGUGUACAGAUCAGGUGAUUGUUCAGCGGAGUCUGGCUGCCAAGAACCUGUCUCAUGCCAAAGGCGGCUCCCUGAUGGCUGCGUACCUGAAAGUGCUUCCUCUUUUCCUGAUGGUGUUCCCUGGGAUGGUCAGCAGAGUCCUCUUCCCAGAUCAAGUAGCCUGUGCGCAUCCUGACAUCUGCCAGAGGGUCUGUAGCAACCCCUCUGGCUGUUCAGACAUCGCGUACCCCAAACUUGUGCUGGAACUUCUGCCCACAGGACUCCGUGGGCUCAUGAUGGCUGUGAUGGUGGCGGCUCUCAUGUCCUCCCUCACCUCCAUCUUUAACAGUGCCAGCACCAUCUUCACCAUGGACCUGUGGAACCACAUCCGGCCACGGGCAUCUGAAAGGGAGCUCAUGAUUGUGGGCAGGAUAUUUGUGUUUGCCCUGGUGCUGGUCUCCAUCCUCUGGAUCCCCAUUGUGCAGGCCAGCCAGGGAGGGCAGCUUUUCAUCUACAUUCAAUCCAUCAGCUCCUACCUGCAGCCACCUGUGGCCAUGGUCUUCAUCAUGGGAUGUUUCUGGAAGCGUACCAAUGAAAAGGGUGCCUUCUCAGGCCUGAUCUUGGGCUUGCUGCUGGGACUGGUCAGGCUGAUCCUGGACUUUGUCUACGCGCAGCCUCGGUGUGACCAGCCUGAUGACCGGCCAGCUGUGGUGAAGGAUGUCCACUACCUCUACUUCUCCAUGAUUCUGUCUUUUACCACCCUCAUCACUGUGGUCACUGUGAGCUGGUUCACAGAGACACCCUCCAAAGAGAUGGUCAGCCGCCUGACUUGGUUCACUCGUCAUGAACCUGUGGCCCAGAAGGACUCAGCACCACCAGAAACCCCCCUGUCUCUAACCCUUUCUCAGAAUGGGACUACAGAGGCCCCUGGCACCAGCAUCCAGCUGGAGACAGUUCAAGAAAGUACGACCAAAGCCUGUGGCGAUGGUGUGUCUCCCAGGCAUUCCAAGGUGGUGAGGGCUAUCCUGUGGCUCUGUGGGAUGGAAAAGAACAAAGAGGAGCCCCCAAGCAAAGCGGAACCUGUCAUAGUUUCCUUGGAGGAAAAUCCCUUGGUGAAAACCCUGCUUGACGUCAACUGCAUUGUGUGCAUCAGCUGCGCCAUCUUCCUUUGGGGAUACUUCGCAUAACUCAGGGUCCGAUUUCCUCUACAACGCAGGCUUGCAGAGAUCUGAAGUACAGACCUCCUCUAGAUCUUCAACUCACUCUCCGUGGUAAAGUUUAUAAACUUGUUACCAGCCUCCAUGCCCAGCUGCUGACCGUGCCAGCCUCUGACCUCGCUGCUUGCUACCCCCAGUUCUAGCCUCACCACCCCCCCUCCUCAGCACUUUUUUGGUUAUUUUUGUUGAGUUAAGGUCUUACUAUGACUCACCUGGAACUUGCUUUGUAGACCAGGCUGG